AUGGGAGAGCCCGCCGCGGUCAAGAGCAGCGGCAGCACGACCCCGGCCGGUAUCGAUUCGCCACGUCCACCAUCGCCCUCGGCCCAGCUGGUCGGGACCGAGUCCUCGUUCGUUGCCUUGGCCGCCGUCGAGGAAGCGGUUUCACCCAAGCAGAAAUCUCCUGUCGACAAAGCGGCGGUGACGGCGCAGGCUCAGGCUGCUGUGGCUGCUGCUGUUGCCGCUGCUGCUGCGAUCGAAAUAGCAAUCGAACCGUCGACCGAAUCAUCGACAGGUCCCGCCAGCCAGAAUGGCACGUCCGGCACCUCGACGCCCGCUGCUCCGGGCCCGGAAACGAGACGCGUCGGCAAUGGCCCGGCGGAGGGCUCCCCUGCGACGCACCCAACCACGCACCAGCGGUCCCAGAACCAGCACUGGCACGAGCAUCAUGAACGGCACCAGGAACGGCCAUUGCAGCAGCCAAAUAGUGCAACGAAGCACUUCGUGUAA